AUUUGAUUUCUAUUCGAACUUGUUUUCCAAGCAGCGUCAUUAUUGAUCUAUAUAUACUCUUCUCCCUCUUAAUGCGCGCGCGCGCGCGCUCUCUCUCUCUCUCUCUCUCUCUCUCUCUCUCUCCACUACUCUGCUUUUCUCCCGUUAAGAGUUUUAGAAUCUGCUGCUCUCUCCUUCUCUGGGAUUUUCUCGAGCAUAAAGUUGGGAUCUUCGAAGAGCGAUAGCGGCGGUAAAACUGAUGAUGACUUGCCAGAUCCUGGCACACUCCGGGCUUCGAGGAGUGCGCAUAAUUCCGGAGCCAUGGUGAUGGCCUCAGCUCCAUUAUCUCGCGGAGAAGAUGAAAUAGACAUAGAACUUCAAGUUCACUGCUUGGAGACAAAAGCGUAUAGUGCUGUUUUAAGAGCAUUCAAUGCUCAAUCAGAUGUUCUUUCAUGGGAGAAGGCAGAACUUAUAUCAGAUAUAAGGAAGGGACUCAGAAUUUCUAGUGCUGAGCACAAGGAAAUUCUCAGAAAAAUUAGUUCUGAUGAAUUGGUCAACUCUAUACGGACACGGCAGAUGGACUCUGACACUCAGAUGACAACUUGUGAAAGGUUGAAAUCCGGGUAUGCAGCUGCCUCGUUGCUCCCAUUGUACCCAUGUAGUGUUCAACCUUUGCCUGCAGCUGUUCCUUCGUCCUUGGCAGUAAGUAAUUGUGAUUUAAAGAGGACAAAUCUCAUAGAUGAUCACUGCGGCGGCCAUGCAUUCUCCCCUCAACUGAACAGAAGAAAGGUAACUCAAGAUAGACAGCCACGAAGCAUGGCAAAACCUGGAGGUUUGCUGGUUGUACGGACAUCUAAGAAGUGUUCUGUUCCUUCCGGGACUGAUAGCUUGAAACCUAGACCAGAUGUAAUCGAGAUCCGUGCAACUGAUGAACUUAUCAAUGAGAUCGAGAAAUUCUGUCGAGAGAACCCAGACCGAGCUAAUGUGAGAGGGCAAAAUCAAUCCUCAGAGAUCAUGAGAAAGCCCUAAUGGAAGCGAUUGGUAGACUUAGCUGCUGAUCUCUCAGGCAGCGGUGACUGAGUCAGCUAUCUUUCUAGUCUCUCUUACGCUACCAGAGUUUCUUGUGUUAAAAGAUUUACUGAUGAAUAUAUGGAUGCCAGAGGGCUUUGCUGAUCGUCCCCCACAUUGCUACUCUGUGCCAGAGCUAGAAAGGAACGGACGUGGAUGCGAUGAUGCUGUAUAUUGGCAGAUUGAUUGAUUGAUUGGACGAGAAACUGCAAAAGUGAGAACUGAAUUGUGCUGUGGGAGCUGUUAACCUUCAAGGCAACGAAUUUUUGACUCCCGUCUUCAGGACACUAACAUCAGGAUGAUUUCUUAACUUUUCUUUUUUUUGGGGGGGUUGGUGUAAAAAUACUGCAACAUUGACGUGAUCCAGCACUGCCUCAUUGGGGCUGGUGAUGAGGAAAUAGCGUUGUACCUCUUUUCGUCGUGUAAACACUAUCUCUAGAUGCUGCCCGACCUGCAGUUGGUCGGUCUGUUAUCUCUUUAACCUAUCUCGGGUUUUUUUUGC